AUGAGCGGCGAGAUCUGGAGGCGCAUUGAGGACGUAAAGCUACUUCUCCCCUGCAGAGCCAACGGAAGCUCCGAGUCACGCGCGGCUUCCGCCGCGGCGGCAGCCCUGGAAGAGAAGAUGGUCAAGCUGGAGAGAACUGUGGCUGACAUUCAAAAGCAGGUUGCCGCGGAGCUCGUCCUCCUGCCGGCUCUGCCUGCGCUCCUCGCGUCUGCUCACGCGCAAAGGCAGAAGAUCCAGCAACUCCAGGCGCUUUUUCCCUCCUCUUUGACGCCAUUCUCUUCUUUCGGUGCAAAGGGAGACUGGACUGGCAGCGCCGUUUCGCGACCGCGAGGCGAGAAGGCGAGGCGAGAGGGAGAGAAAGGGCCAGCGCCGGGGCGGAACGCGAGCGUCGACGGGUCGGCGAGGAAAGAGCGCAAGAUUUCCAGGGAUGAUAAGGGGCGAGGAAGGAAAACGUCUGAGAGGAAAGACGCGACGCUUGGGCGCGUAGGCGAAGACCAGGAGGAAGCGAUGAAAGAGGAAGGUGAAGAAACGGAGAAUGCAGCCGACCUUUUGGAGGCUGAGAGUCCUGUCAAGUAA